AUGGUCUGUGUUUACUGCUGUGAGAGCAUCCAAGACGGUCCAAGCUAUAGAAAGCACAUGGUUGAAGAGCACCCCACCUUCAAAGUACGAAUGGCGUUCGCUCAUGUCACAGAAGGAUUUCUCAAAGCUGAUAUCACAGACCUAAGCUGUCGGAUCUGCUUCACAGCAUUCGAUUCACUUGAAGAUAUUGCUCGGCACCUUCACGAUAUGCACCAGAAGCCAAUAGAUGUGAAUCUUGACUUAGGCAUUCAGCCCUUUAGGCUGGAAGGGGAUAAACUCCAGUGCGCGAUGUGCUCUGCGAAAGCAAUAUGUCUUAGACAGUUGAGCAGACACACUCAAUCACAUUUCUCUAAAUUCACGUGUGAAGCGUGCGGGAAAUCCUAUUCAACUAUCACCACCCUGAAACAUCAUAUCACAUACUCCCAUAGCGGUGGUAAUAAAAUGUGUAGGAAAUGCAAAACUACCUUUGAUACGUUAGAAGCGAGAAGAGAACAUGUUUACACGUCGAAAAAGUGUUGGACGAACAUGUGCAAUUUGUGUAACGAACGAUUCCUCAAUUGGAAGACCAAACAGGAGCAUUUGACCCAAGUCCAUGGUUUGACGAAAAAGACCUAUGUGUGUCCGGAGUGUCCCCUCAUUUUUGAUGAUAGGAAGAAAUAUAGAACUCACUUUCGAUUGUCUCACACGGAGGAUAUAUUCGUCUGCACGUGUUGUGGUCUCAAGUUUGAUACGAAGAAGAACUUGGAUGAACACAGAGUGAUUCAUACGAAAGAAAAGCUGUUCCCUUGUCCUGUGUGUUCUAAAGCGUUUCCGCGAAAGAAGAAUUUAGUUCAACAUCUCUGGAUUCAUAGUGAGUUGAAGAGGUUCAGUUGCACAUUAUGCAAUAAGCAUUUUAACCAGAGAGUCACGUGGAAGAGUCAUAUGAAGUCCUAUCACCCUGAAAUAGAAGAUUAUCAGGAUAUGAUGAAUAAGAAUGUGAAAAUUCUUCUGAGUGUUGAUAAGAGUGAUGUAUGA